AUGCCAAUGACGGAUUCACCGUGUACGAUUGCAGCAACGGCGAGUUGGUCUUCCGAUCCGGGUCGACUCGUGCGAGCCCGACGCCUGGGACAGAGACGAGCUCGUCCUCAUGGGUCCCCACGGCCGCUGCUUAAUCACUUUCCGAAAGAAGGAGUCGAGUCUGCAUCAGCGGUGGGAAGGAUUUUUGGGGGAGAGGAAGGAAGGGCAGAAGGCAAUGUUCAUCGUGAGACGGUCUUCAAUAAUCGGACACUCAGGGAUGAGCGUGCAGGUGUACAAGAACCCAGGGGAGGAGUAUGA